CAUACAUGCAAAUCUCUUCUUUCCCCUCAUCGUGAGGAGAAGCGCCCGAGCAAGCCGAGAUGCAGAGUACUUCCAACCAUCUGUGGCUCUUGUCUGAUAUCUUAGGCCAGGGGGCCACUGCAAAUGUCUUUCGAGGAAGACAUAAGAAAACUGGUGAUUUAUAUGCUGUCAAAGUAUUUAAUAACAUAAGCUUCCUUCGCCCAGUGGAUGUUCAAAUGAGAGAGUUUGAAGUGUUAAAAAAACUCAAUCACAAAAAUAUUGUCAAAUUAUUUGCUAUUGAAGAGGAGACAACAACAAGGCAUAAAGUACUUAUUAUGGAAUUUUGUCCCUGUGGGAGUUUAUACACUGUUUUAGAGGAGCCAUCCAAUGCCUAUGGACUACCGGAAUCAGAAUUUUUAAUCGUUUUACGAGAUGUGGUGGGUGGGAUGAAUCAUCUCCGAGAGAAUGGCAUAGUGCACCGUGACAUCAAGCCGGGCAACAUCAUGCGCGUCAUAGGGGAAGAUGGGCAGUCCGUGUACAAGCUCACAGACUUCGGUGCCGCCAGAGAGCUGGAGGAUGACGAGCAGUUUGUGUCUCUGUACGGCACAGAAGAGUAUUUGCACCCUGACAUGUAUGAGAGAGCAGUACUAAGAAAAGAUCAUCAGAAGAAAUACGGGGCUACAGUUGACCUUUGGAGUAUUGGAGUGACAUUUUACCAUGCAGCUACUGGAUCCCUGCCAUUUAGACCCUUUGAAGGGCCUCGUAGGAAUAAAGAAGUGAUGUAUAAAAUUAUCACUGGAAAGCCUUCUGGUGCAAUAUCUGGAGUACAGAAAGCAGAAAAUGGACCGAUUGACUGGAGUGGAGAUAUGCCUGUUUCUUGUAGUCUUUCUCGGUAAGUGUAGUAUACCUAAUUCUUAACCUUUGACAUUGUGUUUAAU